ACGUGCCAGAGAACCUCUUUGCAAAUGCUGCUGACAUUGACUACAUCGCUGGGGUCAAUGACAUGGAUGGACACAUCUUUGCUGGUGUUGAUUUACCUGCCAUCAACCGCCCACUCGUGAAAAUCACUCCGGAUCAGGUCUAUAAUCUGAUCAAAGGACUGACCGUGGACAGGGGCGAGGCUGGAGCCAACGCGACCUACAAUAUCUACACACAGGCGUGGGGUGACAGCCCAAAGCAGGAGGUGGUAAAGAAGACAGUGGUGGAGCUGAUCACUGACUACAUCUUCCUGAUUCCCACUCAGGGGACACUGAAUCUGCAUCUGCACAAUGCUCGGUGA